AUGGAUAACUUCAUUCAGACCUUCAGCUGCACCUGUGAGAAUGUUUGUGACAAGUCCAAUCAUAUUUUACAAGUUCAUUUGAGAGACAUUCUAUCAAACAAAUUACAACCUGUAUUCAAAAAAAAUGCUCUUCAUCACCCUGCACUUAAGCGACCUUCGAGGUAUGCAAGAGAUGAUGAGCUACAUGAGCAACAAGCUUGGAAGUCAGAUCAUCAUGUUGACAACCUAUAUUGGAUCAUAAACAAAGCUGAUCCUUUGAAACUUGAGGAAAACCUAAACUUGUUGAUCCCACCUGUGUUGAUUGUCCUUGAUGACUAUGAUAUUCAAUAUCGAACUAAGGGAGUUUCUCUUGUUCAUGUCAUGGUCACUCGAAUGAAUUCGGCUGGCAUCAUCAAGAACAAUCUGGAUAAUGUAUUUUUGGAGUCAUUGUUUAAUUGCCUAUACUACCUGACACAAGACAGAGAUGCCCCUCUUAUUGAAGCAGCAUAUCCUUGUAUAAUGGACCUUAUAGCUUAUACAAAACAAGGGCAAUCCCGUUGUGAUCUGUACGAAAGAGUAAUGACUGAAGGCGUUCUGACAGGACUAUUACAUGCAGGAGAAAAGAUCAGAUUUUUACCUAUCUUGCUUCAACCCAUUCCAAGACUAUUUGAAGAACUAGGUGCAUCAAGUGUACAAUAUCUGAAAGGCAUCAUUCCCUCGCUAUGUCAAUCACUAUCGACUGUUCCUUACAAUGAUAGUUUAGAGAUGAGAAGGAUUAAUCAAUUGGCUGCACACGGAUUAAUAGCUGUCAUUCGAGUAUGUUGGCCAAGGAUCAGCACUUAUGAAGGGAUCAUCAUGAGUAGCGUGGCAAAAUGUUGGUCGUACUAUUUUGAUAAGCAAGAUAGAGAAAUGUUGGAACUACAGAGGCAGCUUUACAAGAUAUUUGAAGCUGCCUGUCAAGGAGCAGAAGAGGCGGAUAAAGAAGCAUUAUUAAAGUAUAAACCCAACGUGUUUGAGCCUCUGUUUGCCUAA